AUGGAGACGAGGGUCUGGUCGGCUGUCGAUCUGGCGAUCCUGUGGGGAUUGUGGGCGAUCCAGUUGGGCCUAGAUGGCGCGGAGACCCAGGCCGAUCGGGGACUGCUGGGGUGUGUCCUCCGAGAUCGGGCGAUCCGGGCGACAGGUCGCAUCCGGAGACAGAAACAUGGUGGGUCCUUCUGA